GAAGCUUCGCUUUUGCAGUCUAUAAAAGAAUUCGGCAUCAAGUCAUUGUGAUCUGUGAGUUAGUGACCGCUGCAGUGUUGUGUUGUGUUCUCGUAACCAAAAUAAAAGCCACAACAAUGCACUCAAUGACCGUCGUUGUUCUGCUAUGCGUCGUGGCCGCCGCGGUGGCGCACACGCAGUAUUCGUACUACCCGGAGGAGAAUGUGGAAGUUCCCGCCGAACAACUGUCUCCCGAGUCAGAGGUCCACCAGGAAGGUGCCCUGCGCUCGAAGAGAAGUUUGCUGUUGCUUAAGAAGAAACUGCUCCUAGGAGCGGUGGGCCUGAAGGCGGCGAAAAUCGGCGCCCUUGGAGUGGGAGCAUUCGCCUUGAAGAAAAAGUCAGUACCCCCUCCACCAGUUCGCGUUGUUAACUCCUAUGGCCAUGCUCCGUCAUGGACAGUGGAAGUAGUACAUUGAUUUUCCGGCUAAGCCAAUGCCCUGAUUUGCAAGUUUCCAGAAGAAACAACGUCAGGGAAAUAUUAAUAUAAGUGUACAUUUUUAUAGCCUUAUUGAGGUGCCACUUUUGAGGAAAUGUAAUAUACAGUAGCUUUAAAGUAUCCCACUAGCACUUCGAUAAGCGUUUACUCAUUAAGGAUGCCUACUAAUGCCAUACACUCAAUGUUAUGUCAGAGAGAAAUGUCUGUUACCUGAGAGGGUGUCAAUUAUUGUUAUAAUAUUUAUAACAAAUAAGAUCUUCUCUUUAAUUAGGUGUAUAGGUAGUUGUUUUGUUUUAAAUAAAUGAAUUAAUAGUCCUAA